CUAAAGAAAUAAUUUUACAUAUGUAAAUUAGUAUUUUGUGUUAUAAUAAAUACUGUAAAAUAUCGACGAACGAUAAUGUCAGCAUUCUUUUAUCCUGCGAGUUGUUUGAAAGUACAAAUUUAUCCAGAUGGACGAUCUUCGAUCUAUCUUACCCAUGACUAUUGCGAAGGUACCAUCUUUGUUUUCGUUCAAUUCAAAUCAAAUCGAAUACGUGAUGCAAAGUGAAAUGGAACGGCUGAGGGAUGUCCUGCAACCGCACAUCGGAGCCAGUGAAAUUAAAUUGUCGUACGUCAACGAAUUGUUUCCCGAUCUCAAGGAUAAACCGUACAUCGUUCUUCACAAAAAUGUUCGCACUGCACAGCUGCCAAAUUACGGAGACAAAUGCAGAAGCUUCGACGAGCACUUAACGAGACAUGACGUUAGUGGCUCACCUCUGGAAUACUCGUUUGGCAUCUGUGAAUUUGAUGACACGAUUGCCAUAGCGAAACAAAUUUGGCGAAAAGAGGAGGAAUCGUAUUUGCCACUGAGUAGAACAGAUGCCUGCAAUGCACUAAAUUCCUGUCUGGAACAUCUUGAUAAUACUUGGUCCAUAUUGGCGCUCUGCGAUGGCAAGGAUUCCAAACGAAGCAGACUUAUUGGAGCUGUCGUUUCUGAAGAUUGGUUUACCACGUUCGAAGCUGUCUCCAUCGGUGCGACGACUCUGGAUACGGUCAAAGAUGGAUGUCGCAGUCUUGUACAGGAGCAUCUCAAACGGUCACUUGCGCAGGAAUAUAAUCUGAAAAUAUCUAUGCUUGGUACUUUCGACUUGUUUGGAACAAAACAAGAAGUUGUCGAUUGGGAUAAGACCGCUAAGAGUGAUUUUGAAGGAAGCGUCAAUAUUGAAAUGCGUUCGAGUAACUUGAUGUUAGAUCCAAGAUUGUCAAAAAAUAUUUUGAUAGCUCAAAUAAAUGCUGGAUGGAAGGGUAGCCCUUUAAAAGACCUGCGAAGCCAAUUAUUGUUACUGGACCAGUAUUUAUUAACAAUAGAUGAAUGCAACAAAAAUAUUGGAAUACAAAACCCGAUAAAGUUUGCAACACCUUAUUUAGAGGAAGAUAACGCCAUAGCUGAAAAAUUAAGUCUUCUGUUAAGUGGAGAUUACAAUUUCGUGAAAUCCGUUAACGAUGCUCGGAAGAUCGAUUACAUAAACGAGGAGAAUACCGAGAUCGGUGUAAAACUACUGGAACGUGUCCGUAAUGUUUCUUUAAGACACGAUGUAGAUUUUACCGAUCUCUUGUGGGAAGUACUUAUAAAAACUUCAGAGUAUCCACAAAUGAUAAGCUACAUUGAAGCAGCUCUGAAGGAAAUUAUUGAGCAAAAGUCCAUGCCACAGAUCAACGAUACGAAUCCAACGAGAUUCGUAAAACGCAUCUCCGAUCUACGUCAUCAAGAAACGAUAUCUCACUUGCUGGCAGGAACUGUACCGUUAGAACUUGUUGUAGACAUGGGAUUCGAGAAACUUAUCCGAGAUUACUUUUAUGCUCUCAGAGGGGUACGAUUUGUUAAUUUGCAUGAUAUUCGACAGAAAUUGAUCGAUGUGUCAUCUGGGAUUUUUAAUACAGAAAACUAUAGAAAAAAAUUGGUCACGUUAGCACGAAUGCAUCUCUGUUUGGAAUGCAUGCUGCUUAUCGAAACGCAUCUGAAAUGCCCGAUCGAAAGCCUGCAAAGCUUAUUUGCUCUUGUCUACGAACAGUUCGUUUCCGUACAAUCUCCGUUACAAGAUCACACUGAACUCUGCAGUCGAAUAUUUACUUUCACGGCGACCCUAUCCAAUACUGGAGCUAACGAAUUAAGUAAGAUGGAUCCUUCUACAUGGAGAGCUUCCCUCUCGUCUCACACUGCUGCAGCGAUGUUAACGACUACUACAUAUUAUAGUAAAAUGCCUAUCUUUCCAACAAAUAUAUAUCCUACAGACGCGGAUGCAAAUGUGGAGAAGGAGAUAGUUCAUGGUAUAAGUGCAACAUCAUCAUCGAUAAAAUUUAAAAAGAUGUGAAGUACGAGCGUGUUUGGAAACUGAUGCAGCGUUCAAGAAAUGAAAUAAAGUACGUAGGUGUAUGUGAAUAAAUGGAACAUGGUGCCAGAUAAUUAAAAACAUUUAAUUAAUAAUAAAAUAAAAAUUAUAAAAGCAUUUUUCAAAUACAAUUACAUGUAUUAGAUAUAUAUAUAUAUGUAUAUAUAUAUAAAUACAACUACAAUUAUAUGAGUGUUUGUACUCUCAGUCAUUGACAAUAUACACUCGAGCAUGCUAUUAAUUACUUCUCGUGAUUGACACAGAUUUCUUAUUAAAUAUUAUAUUAAGUGUGGAUUUUUCUGAGGAUUAUUCUCAAUGUACAAAAGUAUAUAUCAUAUUUAAAAUUUCAUCGGAUUCGAGGUGAAUCUCUCUCACAAUCGACAUUAAAAUGAGCUUGUUAUACGCGAUAGAAACUUUUUACAGGAUACAUAUAAUUAAUACUACUCAAAUUGAAUUGUUAUUACAUUCUACUCUCGUUCAAUAUACUUUGGCGAUUUUCUCGAACAAAUGUUAUAUAAAAGCGGUAGAGCUUCCCUUCCUCGUGUAAGCCACUAAAUAAGUGCGCGGCUUUUUUUUUAGGUU